GGUUAGUUGUAAGGCCUCAAAAUCCACUCGCUCCCAUUUCUCACAAAUCUAAACUCGCCCGCCACAUCACAAACUCCUCUCUCUCUCUCUCUCUCUCUCUCUCUCUCUCUGUAUUUGGUCUAUGCCGGCACCGCCAACACCUCCGCCGCUGCCACCGCCAUGAAUUCGAGCUCCUCCAACCCUCCUGCUCAGUCCAUGGCCAACUCAACGUCGACCGAUGGCUCAGGCAAGAAGGUUCGAAAGCCUUACACUAUUACCAAGUCCAGAGAGAGUUGGACCGAAGAAGAGCACGACAAGUUCCUUGAAGCUCUUCAACUGUUUGACCGUGACUGGAAGAAAAUUGAAGAUUUUGUUGGUUCAAAGACAGUUAUUCAGAUUCGGAGUCAUGCUCAAAAGUACUUUCUGAAGGUCCAAAAGAAUGGCACAACUGCACAUGUACCUCCACCUCGCCCCAAGCGCAAAGCUACUCAUCCUUACCCACAAAAGGCACCAAAAAAUGUUUUAGCACCGCUGCAAGCUUCCAUGGCAUAUCCUUCUUCAUUAACUUCCCUUCCUCCUGGAUAUUCUCCAUGGGAUGACACUUCCAUGCUCAUAAAUACUGCAUCUGGCGGAAUGAUGCCGUCACAAGAUGAACAUAAUCUUCAUGGACUUGAAGCUGAUAUUGGAUCAAAGGGGAUAGGAAGGAUUACUAACAGCAGUGCUGUUGGCAUUGGAAGCUCAAGUAGAACACUGCCAAGUUCUGAGUUACCGGCACAAGGAGAACAAAAUUCUUUGCUUCACGGUAUACCAGAUUUUGCAGAAGUCUACAGCUUUAUUGGGAGCGUCUUCGAUCCAGAUACUGAAGGUCACAUGCAGAAACUAAAGGAGAUGGAUCCUAUUAACUUUGAAACUGUCUUGUUGCUUAUGAGAAACCUCACAAUCAACUUGUCUAGUCCUGAUUUUGAGCCAAUUCUUUGACAUGUAGAUGGUUUCAUUGGCUGGUGCAGAGGAAUGUCAUGUCUUCAUAUGAUGUCAAUACCAAAGCUAUUGCUACAGCCAAUGUUACGACGAACCAGAACAACGAGCUCUCGUGUUAAAACUAUGAGCAGGCCUUAUACGUUGCCGUGUAGUAUGUAUUUCUCUUUAUUAUUCUUUGUCAAGUAUAUUUUACAUAAUUCCUGCACCUCUCAAAGAAAGAAAAAGAAUUGGUCAGCAAAUACGUAUUAGGACCUCUAGGUUGACAUGGGAUUGGAAUGUUUCUUCAGCAGCAUUAUUAUUGAUGGGAAGUACAAUAGCUCUGGAGCGACCAUGCUCUGAAAGUACGAGGAUAUAGAACUGCUGCUGCAGUAACAGGGCAGAAUUGCCGGAGUGAGUACAAAAGAAACAUCCUGCAAUUUUGAAACCCUUUUUAAGUACAUAUUCUAAUAUUCUGUGUCUUUUUAGUAGAUCUGUAUGUAUUUGUAGGGUCUGUUUGAGGCAAAAUAUGAUGAAAACAAUAAUGCCAUUCUCAUUUUUGCUGUGCAUGAUUUGCCAUGGCAGUGUAGCUCUGAUAAUUCAGCGGUCCCUAUGAUAAUGUAAAAUUGCUUCUUGACCUCCAAGAGAGGGCUUGAUCAUUGUUUGCAA